AUACCCAGAGACUGGUUUCCACCAUGUGUGUUUAAGCUUUGUCUGGUUACCGUAAAACCACGUCACACAGGAUUAAGGGCUGUGGGCUGGCUCUGGAAUAUAUGAGGCUUUCCUCCAGAUCCAAUUCAGAAGGAGCUCAGCUGCGGUUGUUGCUCCGUCGCCUUCGAGCUCAGAUGAACCUUUGCAGCGAGAUCCCACUGAUCUGACGGAAUAAUAAUAAUAAUAAUAAUAAUAACAGCAUCUGGCUCUGCAUCAUCCAGGUACAUGCAUCUGGUUUGUGCAUGAGCACGGGCAGACAGGGUGAUUCACGCUCCUCUGUGGAUGGGUGAAGCUGGAGCUCGUCUCUCCAGGAGCUCCCUCUUUUGCAGAGUGAAGAAUAAGAGAUGGACGUGAUGGACGUGGAGCGCUGAUGCUGCGGCUGCAACUGUGACUCAGUCGGGAGGAGAAUCCAGCGACCCGGAGAAGUUGUGCUCCCCGGAUCCAGCGGCUGUUCUUCGGAUCAGAUGCCGCAGAUGCUGCCGGAGUGAGGACGCGCAAAGUGAUCCGAGCGGAGCCACCUCUUCUCCCCCACAGACCGGAGGAUGGUCCCCGGGGCCCCCGGCACCAUCACCACCACCACCAUGCUCCCCGCGUCCGAGGCUGCCAAGAUCUACCAGACCAACUACGUGCGCAACUCCCGCGCCAUCGGCGUCCUGUGGGCCAUCUUCACCAUUCUCUUCGCCAUCGUUAACGUGGUGUGCUUCAUCCAGCCCUACUGGAUCGGGGACGGCGUGGACACCCCGCAGGCGGGCUACUUCGGUCUGUUCCACUACUGCAUCGGAAACGGGCUGUCCCGAGACCUGACGUGCAAGGGCAGCUUCACCGAGUUCAGCUCCAUCCCCUCCGGCGCCUUCAAGGCCGCCUCCUUCUUCAUCGGCAUGUCCAUGGUGCUGGUGCUCACCUGCAUCAGCUGCUUCCUGCUCUUCUUCUUCUGCAGCACCGGCACAGUGUACAAGAUCUGCGGCUGGAUGCAGCUGUCUGCAGGUACUAGUCUGAUCCUGGGCUGCAUGAUCUACCCGGAUGGCUGGGACAGCGACGAGGUCAAGAGGAUGUGCGGCGAGCAGACGGACAAGUACACGCUGGGCGCCUGCUCGGUGCGCUGGGCCUACAUCCUCGCCAUCAUGGGCAUCAUGGACGCCCUCAUCCUCUCCUUCCUGGCCUUCGUCCUGGGAAACCGCCAGGACAGUCUGAUGUCUGAGGAGCUGCUGGGAGAGAGUCUUACUGCAGAGACGUGAUGUUACUUCAGGAUCCAGCUGCCGUCUCCUGAUGCAGCUUGUGGCUGAGACACAGAGAUGAUGUGUGGACAGAUUAAUUAAGACGAGGAGGAGGAGGUCUGGAGGAGCUCGUCCUCCCUGAAUCACCCUCUGUAAAAUAACCUUCUCAGUCGCCUGAAACUGCUUUUUACAAAGACUUUCUCCGGCCUCCAUGUGGACGGGAGGCUCAGUCCACAGGUUCCGCUGAGGGACAAAACAAAGACUUAAUGUGGUAAAUCUGCUCGGGGGACACUUGAAGUGGCAGCUGCUCAAAUUGAAUCAAAUAAAAAAUAAAAAAAAUCUCCAGAUUCCAAGGGACACACACGAGGACUCAGGGGACUUGAGGUGAAAGCUGUCGGAACGUCUCUCUCGUCAAAGUCAACAAACUCUAGGAGAGACAACCAGGAGUUCAGCUCCGGUUCGACCUCUCGUCCACGGAGAGGAGGAGACAUCUCAACGCUGAGUAACAGAAAGAACAGUGAUGUUUCGUGAUGAUUAAAUGUUUGAUGUGAUAGAAACACGAGGUAGUAAUUAGAGGUUUUGCUGAUGACAAGUUUGCAAGAAAAUAAAAAAAAAAAGAGUAAAAAAUAGAAGUGCACUAAAUAGGAGAAAACAUCUAUUGUAUGGAGACUUUAAUCUGUGUGUAGAUGUGUUGAUGA